ACCCUACUAGUGGUCCCAAGCUGCCGGCAACCCUCCUACCUCCCUCCAACCCGGCUCCGCUCUCACCCCCCCUCGGCGCAUCGUACGAUCCCAGCGAUCAAUAUUCUCAGUGGUUGGUGCAGUAGCUGUGUGUGUGCGCUGGGUGUUCUCCCGCCGUGUGUUUACCUCGUGUGCCGGGCGUCCAUAUCUGGACCUCUCUUUCACUGCUGUUGCGUCACCUCAACCGCCUCCGUUGUGACUAGUCUUCCCAGAUCUCAGUGACUCACAGACCGUACCAGCAAUAGGAAAGGGCCUCUUGGAUUUAAGCGCUAAGCGUUGUAGAUAGAAAAAAACGGCCACUUCCAUGCGCCAUUCAUAGCGAGUGUCGAACGUGUGGGACUUCCUCCAUCAUUACCCACACACAGUUGCAGGAUGGCGAUGCGAGGCAUGAAGACCUCUGAGGGCUGGUAUGUGAAGGCCACACCAUCUGGGGAGCCUUACCCUCUGGAUUCUGGUCUGGUUCCCAAGUUCCGCAAGGCUGGAGUUACUACACUCCCUGGGGCACUACAAUAUGGCGCUUCUGUACACGGCUCCAAGCCUUGUAUGGCCACACGGCAGCUGCUGGAUAGAGAAAGGAUAGAAAAAAAUGGUAAGACGUUUGAAAAACUUAAACUGGGGGAGUACACCUGGAAGACGUACUCGGAGGUUCAACAGUUGGCCGUGGAUGUUGGUCUUGGGGUGAGGGUGAGAGGUCUUCAGCCGCUGGACCGUGCGGUAAUCUUCGCCGAGACGAGGGCAGAUUGGCUUGUUUCGGCCAUGGGCUGUUUACAACACCGCAUAACCGUCGUCACACUCUACACAACCCUGACUGAUUCAGGUAUUGCUCACGGCAUUAACGAGACUGAGGUGCCUUUUGUCUUCACUACCUACGACCUCCUGCCCAGAGUCACGCGGGUGUUGUCACAGUGCCCGAAGGUGAAGACUGUGGUCGUCAUGGAGGAUCAAUUGGAUGGUGUUGGUGAUGUUUGUAGCUUCCCAACAAAUGUUAAUUUAGUGCCAUUCAAAGAAUUGAUCAAAACUGAUGCCAAGUCGGCCAGUGUGUCCACACCCGUCCCUGAUGCCGAAGACACCGCCAUUAUCAUGUACACCAGCGGCUCUACAGGCACUCCUAAGGGUGUUGAGCUCUCCCACACGAAUAUAUUGGCUAGUGUCGUUGCCUAUUCCGUCCAGAUGAACGUGGGUCUAGAAGAUCGGUAUCUGUCCUUCCUGCCUCUGGCACACAUCAUGGAGCUGGCCUCGGAGAUAGCUCUCAUUUCCCUCGGCGCCACCAUCCUGUACUCUUCCCCCCACACUCUCACCAGCACCAGUCCUAAGGUCAUGAAGGGCACGGAGGGCGACGCCAAAAUGGCUAAGCCCACCGUCAUGAACUCCGUGCCUCUAGUGGUGGACCGCAUCAUCAAAGGCGUGUCUCAGAAGGUGGAACAACAAGGUUGGAUCAAGAGCUUGGUGUUCAACGAGGCCGUUAGGUACAAGUUCUGGCUUGAGUACAUCCCAUUCACAUCUUACAUCUUGAACCUGUUUAUAUUCAGGAGGGUGCAGCAGGAGCUGGGAGGUGAGCUGAGGAGGAUGGUGGUGGGCGGUGCUCCAUUGUCACCUCAGACCCACGACACAAUGAGGGCCAUCUUCGAUAUAUCCAUCCAAGUCGGCUAUGGAUCCACGGAGACGGCCUCCUGCACCAGCGGUAUGGACGAGGACGACAUCAUCACUGGCCACGUUGGGGGACCUAAUCUCGGGGUCCUCAUGAAGCUGGUGGACUGGGAGGAAGGAAACUACAGAGUGACGGACACACCUAACCCUCGCGGGGAAGUUGUGGUUGGGGGCAUUGUGGUCAGUAAGGGCUACUUCAAGCUGCCCGAGGAGAACAAAGCCGCCUUUUACGAGGAGAAUGGGUUAAGAUGGUUCCGUACUGGAGAUAUUGGGGAGAUUAAUUCCUUGGGUGCAUUAAAAAUCAUCGACCGGAAGAAGGAUUUAGUUAAGCUGAAACACGGCGAAUACGUUUCUCUGGGUAACACAGAAUCCAAGCUCAAGACUUUGUCGAAUGUGGAAAACAUAUGUGUAUUUGCCGACUCGACCAAAGAUAAGACCGUGGCCGUGGUGGUACCAUCUGCCGAGCGACUGUGGAAGGUAGCGGCCAGUGUGGGUAUUGACAAGGACACUGUCACCAUUGAGGAACUUUGUGCCGACGAGAGGGUAAAGGAGGCCAUCUUGAAGGAGCUACAGAGUCACGGGAAGAAGUGCGGGUUGACCAGGUGGGAGGUGCCAGCGGCAGUCUACCUCACACUGGAGCCCUGGACCCCCGACACAGGUCUGGUGACGGCGGCGCUGAAACUGCGACGUAAACAGCUGAGUCACCACUAUGAGCACAGAGUCCACGACAUGUACUCCAGGCUAGACUAGCACUUUCCUUAGUGAGGAACCAUCCUGGUUUCCUCUGUGUGAAAAUUGGCUGCCACGUCCUCCUUGUCGGGAGGCAGAGCAUGUUUUCAUAUGUACAUAACACAUAUAUGAUAGGUUUACACUCUCAUCUUAAACUUCCUCACAUGAACUGUUUACUUCUGUCUUGCCACGUGUCCCCCCCCCCCAACACAAAAGCUUCCUUUAUUCCAUGUGAGAUGGACCAAAUAAGACAGUGCUGAAAGUGCAAUAGUGAUGAUUUGUCUUAGACAAUGAUGGAAAUCAGCUUUUUCAGUUCUCGCUGUGUCCAAAGGAGUUGUAUUUUCUUGAACGUUUCCAAGGAUCGUCACUGUUUCUCAAGGUCCAUUAAGUACCUCCAGUUCUUGCCUUAGAAGUGAUAUUUUCAUUUAGUGUGUAUGUACGCAAGUCAUAACCAGAUAUAUAAUGUACAAUGUUCUCUGUAAAUAUGAAAUAUGGACAAGAAUUUCCCGAGGGCAGAUUAUCACGUGUGAUAUAUCAUGUAUUAUGGUCUGGGUGAAUAUUGUGCACGGGCCAUCCUGCCUUGGUGUGGGAAACGGUACAUGAUGGAGGGUUAGUUUAUUAAGGAACUUCAGUGAGAAAGAGAAACUUCUUUGAUUAGGUGAAAGUGUGACUGACAUAAUCAGUGGCGUCAUAAUUAUUUCCUCUCAGGUCAGUGAUGUCAGAGUUGUCUCUUCUACGAGCAGUGACAUCAUGAUAAUGCCCUUUAAUGAUCAAUGACGUCAUAAUCAUCAGCCCUGAGUGACUGGUUGUGUGUUGGAAAUAUUUUUUUUGUUUACAUCAUUCAUAGCUAUAGUCAUCCACGUCUCCUCCCCAGGUGCUGUGAGCUGACGACACAACCACACCACCAGCAAGGCACUUAUCAUUUUUGUACAUUUGCCUACUACAGAACACAUGCAUACGAGUAUAUUACUGUUCUCGAGAAGAUUUCGAAUUAGAGACAGAGGGCAAUUUUUUUUUAACAUGAGAUACUUAUUAGUAUUCCGAGAGGGACAUUGAGAGCUGGAUUUUUUUUUUUUCGAAACUUUCGGGUUACUUUUUAGUAACUGGACGGCUGUUAUUGGAACAUUCGGGCGAAGUCUUCGGGUGCCUGCCUCUACCCUAAUGAUAUUUCAUCUAGUUAUAUAUGAAGAUAAAUAGUCUUUGAAAUACAAUACAUGCCAAUCAAGAUGAUAAAAUUAAGAACAAUAUGUUAUAUAUCCUAAUUAUCAUUUCCGAAGGAAAUGGACAUAUUUUUUAGAGAUCGCACUUCCGAAAAUUUAUCAAGUAUUACUUUCCUGAAAACACCCUCUUGUAGCCUCAACAAUGGUAAGUAUGGCGGUUUUGUUUGGGAUAUAUAGAUGUAAUACUAUCUUCAAUACGCCAAUACAUUACGUAUAUUAUAUAUAGGAAAGAUCCAAGAUGAAGCAAAUAUGCUUGAUAGCUUAUGAACUUGGUUUAUGACACAAUGUUUGGGUAAGUAAUUUUUUUUAAGAAGACACUUUUAUACAUUGUGAAUAUAGUUGAAUCCUCCUGGGUGCAUUUUGAUUUUCGAUGUCAAUGCGGCAUCCUACAGUAUUUGCUACUUUGGAUGCUGUAAUGUUUUUCUCUAAUAUAUUUCACUGUUUGGUUGUUGUUCCGAUAGAGUCUAGGGAUUACCAGUGUUAGUUUAGGUUACAUUACAUACCUUUAGAGGAAAUGUUCGAACUUAACCAGCCCUACAGUGCAAUUUAACUUACUCAGUUACUUUUUUAAGUAACCCGAUGUUUGAGACUAAUCUUUGGAAUUACUUCCCCUAAUGUUUAAAAAAAAUGGCCGAUAAUGUUGAUUAGAUAAUUAGCGGUCAAGUAUUGUACAGAGAAGCGAUCACGAGUCUGUAAGAAUGACAGUAACGAAUCUAGGGAACUUUGGCAUCAUGAUAGCGAUACUGGAAUGUCCCAGGAUAAAAAAAUUUUGUGGCCUAGUGUGUAUGUGUGUCUGUAAGCACUUAACACCGUUUUGGUAUCAGGUGUUCGUGUACUGGAAACAUGAAGGUGCUCUCCUCCAUGUUGUUCUAGUAUCGUGGUCAGUUGAUUUGUACACAGAGGAAUACUUGUGUCAUGAGCUCGCAGCAUUCACUGCUUUGGAUUACUAUACUAUAGAAUUUGACAAGUAAACCAUUAUUUAUUGAAAUUCAUUUGUAGGGAAGUACCAAAUAAAGCGUUGAAGUUGUCCUUUAAUAGUGUCCACUGCAAAAUGUGUCAGUUUGGUGACGCUGUAUAUACAGGAAGUGAGCCAGAAGAGAGCCAAUUCGAUCUAGAUAUUUAUAUAUCCUUUGUAGAUGUUUCUAUUAUUUCUUUAUCAGGAAUUAAACAUUAAAAGGGGAUGGAUAGUUUCAUUACGAGAUUUAAAGACACUUUAGCGAGGCAGUUUACAAACAUGUUCAGAAAUGUUGGUGUGUUUAUAUAAACAAUGAAAACAAGCCCAUGUGCGAGGGUACUUAAGUGAAAGUACUUAAAUGAGGGUACUUAAGUGAAAGUACUUAAAUGAGGGUACUUAAAUGAAAUUUUGAAAGUGAGGGUACAGUAUUUAAGGUAAAGUACUAUAGUAAGGGUUGUUAAGAGAAAGUAUUUCAGGAACAAUAUUCAAGUGGAAGUACUAAAUGAAAAGUACCUAAGCAAAAGUACUUAAAUGAAAAUACGUAUUUAUCAAAUUAAAGUAUUUAAGCGAACAUUUUAAAAGUUUUAUUACUUCUAAGGAUAUCAGGGUCAAACUUGUUCCUUUGUUCCAUUAUGAAAGUUUGUAAAUUAAUUUAUAAAAAGUCUAUUUUAAACCAAGGAAUAGUUUUAUCCCGCCCAACCUUUCCUCUCUGUAGCCAAGACUAUUUUAUAUAAAAAAAUAAUGUUUUACUUACAAAAUUAUUAUGACAACCCAGAAAAACCUACGUGAUCACUUACAAAACCACAACAGUGACUUAAAAAUCAGUCCAGUAACUUAGAGAACCUAUAUAACUAAACAAUUCCAUUUAAUAACUUACACAACAAUAAAACAACUUUUGUAAACAUUGCCUAAAUUAAGUGUUUUCCAGAUGGGCUGCAACCAAACUCACUGUCUCAUUUCAAGUCUUUGGACUAAAUAGCAUCAAAUCAUCUCACACUGAUACAUACUUGACCUUCCUCUUACCAUUCUUAUCCCCCCAUACGAUAUGAGUUUGUGAGCUCCCUAUACUAUUCCUCCUAUACGGAUUAUAUAAUGUAAUUUGCCCUUAAAUAUAGGGUUUAUUUGAAAACUUAUCUUCACAAAUAUUACCAAUGUUAAUGAAGUUGUUUUAGAUGAACCGAAGGUAUUGUAUAGCAUUAUUUUUGGUUGAAUCAUUGAAGGUUAGAGUAAUUUGGUUGAAUACGUCUACAGUGCUUCUUAGGCAAUAGAUUGUGUGUAGUUGUAUUUGUCAUCCAGAUAUAUGAUACGUGGUGUUUAAUAUCCUUGAGUGUGAUGACUUAACAAUCUGAGUAUGACGAUUUAUCUUAUUGAAUUAGAUGACUUAAUUACUCCGAGCAUGAUGACUAAACCCCUUGAAUAUGAUUACUUAAUCUUUUGAGUAUGACUUUAUCUUUUGAGUUCUGUCAUAAACUUCAAGGCAAUUUUAAAAUUUUAUCUUAACGGUUAAGUUAUCUUACUCAAAUGUUAUAUAAUACUAAAAAUAACUCGUCAUACUCAAGGGGUUAAGUCAUCGUACUUAAGGGGUUAAACUCAUACUCAGUGGGCUCAUUAAUUAUGCUCAAGGAGCUGGUCUCAUACUGAAGGAGCUUGAUACCUGUAUGGGAGUCUCAUAGCUUAUUAAUAGCUGUGUGGGAGUCUAAUCGGUUAUCAAUAGCUGUGUGGAAGUCUAGUAACUUGUUCAAUAUCCAGCCAGAUCACCCUUUACUUUUCUCUAGACACACCCACUCAGCCACAAAAUACACAAUGUGCUUCCUCCCCCUCGUCUGAGAUGACUAUACACGGGUUAUUGCCACAAGUUAAUUACUGAAGUGAAAUUCAUUUUGAUAUUGUUUAUAUGGUUAUGUAAAGGUCAUAUUGUGUUAACUUAUAAAAAAUAUAAGUAAAUAAUAUCUAUUAUUCUUAUAAUGUGAAGGACAAGGAAAUUUAUGUGUUUAGUGUAAAAUUGAGAGAUGGGAGGAAAAACUUUUGAAUAAGAAAGGCUGUUAAAUCUAUACAUAGAUAUGCAGAUGUUGAGGAUGUUAUGUUAAGAAUGUUAAUUUUAGUAGAAUGUGGAACAAAACGGAAUAAUAAGUUAUGUCAUAGAUAAUAGUGUUCACCUUAUGUCUUACUGAGAGUGUUGAUGACGCAGUGAGUCAGGAGGGGCUAAGAACACCAGGAUAAUUAAUGCCUUCUUCUCUUACAUGUAAAUAUUGUUUCUUCUUACUUGUAUAAUGUAUUGUAUAUGGCACAUAUAAAUAUAUUGUUAUAUAUCCGAGAUUGGAAUAUGCUGAUGGCAUUCUUUCCUACUUUUUAAUUCAAUUCAUCUUUUGCUUAUAAGUACCAAAGUCUCCAAUUUACUGGUAGUAUUCUUCCGCCUCUUUGUAAACAUCUUUUUAUGUCCAUAAUAUAUACGAGAAAUUAACAAAAUUAAUACAGCACGUGCAUAUGAGUAUUUAUAUAGACAUAAUAUAUAUUGGUCCGUGUGUGUGUGUGUGAGAGCGCGAAUGACCGUGUUUACAUAAACAAAAUACCCAAAAUGAUAUUAUUAUUAUUAUUAUUAUUAUUAUUAUUAUUAUUAUUAUUAUUAUUAUUUACAACUUGACUCAGUCUAAGAAAAAUAUUAUUAUACCUCCACGACCACGACCACUACCACCAUCUCCACCACCACCUCCAGUAUUUAUGAUAUUCCAGCAAUAAUUGGAGACCUAUGUAAGACCUAAUAAAACUGAUCACUCGGUAUUUUU